CGCGAUCGCUGGCUCGCCAGCCUGCCUCGCCAGCCUGGGUUCCGGCCGAUCGGAACGCUCCUGGUAGCCGCGGUCUACCACUCGGUACACCGAUCAUCGCGCGUUUCAUCGAUCCGCGGAUCGUGUGACAGUGCUUCCGCGUUGUGCUCGAUCGCGACAGUCACCUCGGGGUGCGUUCCCCGGGGGCUACGAGUGUGUUCUGUGCACGUAGAUUCCCGUGACCCGUGCUUCGCUGCAGUGAACACUAGGGGAGAGAUGACGCGGUGAAUGUGGUGAAUCGGGUUCCGUCUAAGAACCUGAGAACCUGAGGAUCAUGAAAAGUGUCCAGCGGUGUACGAAUCGCGGUGUAGAUGCAAACUAGAGUGAAGGGAAGGGGGGUGAUGCGUAAUGUCGGAUAAAGGUGUAACCGUGUUCGCGUGUUUCCCACGAUCGAACCUCGUUUGAGCUGCGUCGAAACCUUCCUUGCAUCGGAAGUACUCGAAGACUGUACCGAAUAAAGUAGUUCCGAAUCCAAAGUCGAAUAUAUGAGUUCAACGACCGAUACGCGAGCACGAGCAACUGGAAUCGAUGUGCAAACUGUACGCCCCAGGUGAAAGAGGAACGACCUCCAUUCUAUGGUUACACUCUUCGAGUCCAGCUACCACCGAGUGGAAUUAAACGAGAACGAGCGGCCACCUCGUUCCAUGCGCGACAAGCAACAACCCCUGGAGCACCAGCAAGAGGAUCCGGAGGAAUCGGCGCAGCUAGGGAGUUCGGGCAACGUGCAGCAACCCGGAGGACACCUGGAGGCGUUGGUCCACGUAGACAAGGAGCUCGAGAGCCUGAAGACGAGGCCGACGACACCCGUCCUGGCGAACGACGGAGGGGGUGGCUUCUGGCUGGCCACGGUGGCCGCGGGGGCAGGUGCCCCAGCCGGGCUGCCCCCGCACGGGACCCAUCAUCCAGCCAUGGAUCCGACAUGCGGGACCGCGGAAACCGGCUUCAUCAACAGCCAACCGUCCAUGGCGGAAUUUAUGACCGCGUUGCCACAGCUGGCUGGCGACGGUAGCCUUCAGCAUUCGCCGGGAACCGGGGGUUCCAUCAGCCCGGGCUCCCAUCACCCUGGUUACCAUCCGAUGAUGGACCCUCACGGUGUCGCCGAUCCGUCCGUCAACGUGCCCGAGUAUCCCUGGAUGAAGGAAAAGAAGACCACAAGGAAGAGCAACCAACAAGAAAAUGGUCUGCCGAGGAGGCUACGGACUGCGUACACGAACACGCAGCUCCUCGAGCUGGAGAAGGAGUUCCACUUCAACAAGUACCUAUGCCGACCGCGAAGAAUAGAGAUCGCCGCGUCCCUGGACCUCACGGAAAGGCAGGUGAAAGUGUGGUUCCAAAACCGACGGAUGAAGCACAAGCGGCAAACGCUGAGCAAGGAGGACGGCGACGAGAAGGACGGGUCGACGUCGGACGGAAUGGAGAAGUCCAAGACGGAGAAAAUGCUCGCCAUCGACAGCGACGAGAAAAAGAGCUGCCACAACUGUGAUAUCUCUGGCGUGAGCGACGUGGGUAGCACGUUGUCCGGCGACGUGACGGAGCUCGGAUCGUCCGGGUGUCGCGGUAGCAACAACAAUAACACGCCCAGCGCCACGAACAAUAACAACAGCAACCCUGGCUUCAACGCGAACAGCAACGGAGCCAGCAGCGUCGGUAGCACGAACAGCGUGUCCAGCUCCUUCGAGAAGAUGAUAGCGGACGACGACUCGAGGUCUCAAGACGGAAGCGAGGUGACGUCGCCCAGCGUGGCCAGCAAGAAACAGCCCAGCGACGUUCGAGUGAAGGUAGAAAGCGGCCACAAGAGUCCCAAUCCUGUGAAACAGCAAAUCUCCGUCAGCAAAAAGUCACCGUCGGCGAACACGAAGGAGCUUUGCUCGGUGAACAGCAACGGCGUACUGUUGGCGAUGCCCGACUCCACCGUCAGCACACCCGUUCUACCUGGUCAGAAUUCAACGAGAAGCUUGACGCCAUCCUCGACGCCUGGUACUCCAGUUUCCGUUCAACUGCAACAAGGCAGUCCCCUAGGAAUCCAAGCCACGCAUGCAGCCUACAUGCAGAGACCGAGAAGCUCCCCGUCCUCGACCAGCUCGGUGGCUGCGCCAAUGAUGCACGGAUCCACGAACGCUGGUACGAUGUCUCCCCACGGUGCUAGGAACAUCGCCAGCAACCCGCAAACACACUUUCAGCAGCAGAGCGUCUACCAAUCGGCAUCAUCCGUCGACUACAGAAAUGGAGUGCCUAGCAGACAGACCGUCCCGACGGCCACGCAGCAAACCCAGGCACAAAGCACUUACUGCACUCGGGACACCUAUCAGCAGCCCAGGAUCUCGUACCCGGGCGAAGUUCAUCCGCUCUACGCGAGACAGAAUCAAGUGUUGGGCCCCAGAGUCGGGCACCACGUUCGUGGAUCGACGAGUAGCACCUCCAGGGCGAUGUACAACUCUAGUAUGCAGUUCCAUCAACAGCAAAACCAAUACCCUAAUACUAGCGGAGAGUAUAAUGGUUAUCCUCAAGCUGGACCACCUUAUCAUGGCUCUUAUCACAGAGGUAUGCAAGGCAACACCUACGGUUCCAGUCAGGGUUACUCCACUCAACACGAUCAAUCCGCGGAAGGUUACAUGGCUCCUGGAAACUAUGGAUACCCCGCCACCGGAAACUACCACGGUACCAGCGAGAAUCUAGCCUCCCAUGGUCACGCAGCCGUAUCCGUGCAGACUGGUCAGCAUUACUACAACGACAUUCAGCAACAUCAACACCAACAGCAGCACACAGCGGAGGGAUACGUGGCUCAUCAACCGCCUAUGCAUCCCAGCACGGGCGACUACAGAGCGGGGAACAAGUGUCAUCCAAGCGCCUAUUACGAGCAGACCAAUCAACUGCACGUCCAUCAAGGCGGAGAAGCGUCCAACAUUCCAAACAGCUACGUCUCCUCGCCAGAUCCGUUCCCUGCGCCCGGCAUGACGACAACUGCGACCGCUAUCGCGGCUGCCACCGCAGCAGUGAUCACUCCACCCGGUAGCGCAGGUCAAGCCGAAGGCAACGGUGACACUUACGGAAAUUAUGGCAACUUUUACGGUGAUCCUGUCCACGGCGCGGCCCCGCCACCGUCCGCCGACAACAGCAACAGCUCCUCGGAUUUCAACUUCCUCACGAACCUAGCCAACGACUUCGCGCCGGAGUACUAUCAACUCAGUUGAGUUCACGAGACGGAGAAUCCCUGUCAGUUGGAUUGGAACGACGAGCAGUGUCUGCUGAACACGCUGUACUGAUCCCUCGGCCCGCUGACCGAGCGUGCAUUGUGAUGUGUACAUAGUCGAUUGGAGCGGAUCGUGCGCGAGUGUUCUGCAGAUCCCGUUGAUUCGAGUUUGGUCGAGAUCGAGGCUGUCGACUGAGAGUCCAGUCGAUGUCUGCGUUACGAUAACGAAUGCGCGGAUUCGGGUCGGUAGUUGACGCUAGAAGAAUAUUUCCUUCUAGAUCGCUUUGUCUGUGAACGAGGUGAACGACGACAAUUGGUUUCAGUGGUGGUGUUACAGUUUUCUCGAGUGAACGGUGACAUCUCCGGUGGCUAAUCCUGCGAUUCUUCUGGGUUUGUUCGAUCUUUGAGUGAACACGUAGCCUGAGACCCAUCGGAAGCUUGCGGUUCGCUCUCGGAUUGCCUUGUUCGGGGUGCAGGAUGGCUAUCCGAAUCUUCAGCUAAAUUCGAAGGCAGUGUUACCUCGUUCGAGAGGUUGAAAGCUGCGCGUCAUCGACAAAGCAAUCCGAACGCGACACCCCAAGUCGAGUGAACUUUAGUACGAAGUCUGCUUUAAAGCUACAUACGUGCAUAUCGUUGGGUUGAUGUGAAGUGACGGAAGUUCCCACGAUCCUAAUUUUGAAAAUUCGAGGAAGUAUAUACAGGUUACAGCGUCAGUGCAAUAUUUCAGUAAACACCCGUUACUUUUGCGUCAACCCGAUGAACAAGACGAAGUGAAACGCCCUAGCUAAGGCUAAACGACGAUCUUCGUCUCGGUGUGAUCACCUCCGUCCGUAAACAAUGAUUACCUAAACCCUAUCAACGAUUAAAUUGAUCUUCAGUGUCGCGAACACGUGAAGCCAGCCAGGAAGUGAUAGCAGACCGAUCAACGUGAACUGUGCGAUUCGAGAAACGAGGUGCAAGUGCAAUCUUUCUAACGUGAACGAUUUCUGCGUUAAUGGAGUUAGCUUUGUGGUGUGUGUACAGUUCGAUCGAAGCAAAGCGAUACGAGUUGGCGCCAUUUCGUGCUCGCGCCCCAUUGCCAUGUUGUUGCGAGACUUGUGUAUCGAGAACGACGCGAAAGGGAUAGCCAAGAUCGAAGGAAAGAAUUUGCGGUACGUCGAUAAGGGUGGCUGUAGAUUCACGAGCAAUAAUCGAUAGUGAGUAAACGCGUGUAUAUAUAUACCUAUUAGGAGAAGACGAUUACUUUAACGAAAUUUCCACGAAACACGACAUCGUCACUGUUAGAGAACACCGAGUCCGAGUGAGACGAGCCUAGGUGCAAUGCGUUAGUUUUUAAUCAAAGGCAGGAAAUAAUCGUGUAACUGCCUACUCUAAGAAACCCUUUGUCCUGAUUCGAAUUAGGGGCGAGACGAACUGCACUCGUAAGGACACCAUUCGCAGCGAGAACGUUUCAUGAAAAAAAUUAUGAAACUUUUCCGACGUUUAUUUCGCUCACCGAUUUACCGCGAUUCGCUCGACGUUGUUUUACACGUUUUUCGAGACGAAAGCAUCUAGACGAUCGUGCGAACAUCGAAGAACCGAUCGAUUCGCGUUUUAGUUAUGUACGUUCGGGAAUCGUUAAUUUUAACGAUGUUUAUUUUUUACUGUACACGGGACACAUUUUUAUUUCUUUUAGGGUUAACGAAACGAACGCGUCGGAUCGUUUUGUGCGACGCUUUGUAGGGAAUCCGAUCACUUUUCUCACAGACUACGCGUUUCCGAUCGUAAUUUCUACUACAAUUUGGAUAGAAUCGAUUAAUCGCUUGGAGCUACCUCCCCCACUAUGUAUCGCGCCGCGUACACGAGCCCCGCUUUUGUGAUUGGUAAGGUAUCAAUUCGAGAAACGGAGAGGGUGUGCCUGCGAUGAGAGAGACCGAGUGGCGGGGUUGGCCUUGAGCAACCAAUUCAUUCUGGCCCGACUGUAGGCUCUACUUUAAGCGAACCAAAUAAAGAUCGUCGUGAUGAACCGAAUAGUUAAAAUACGAGAUAAGCGUAGCUAGCGGACGUGUAUCUUUGAUUUUCACCUGAACAGCGGGAAUAAUAUUUAAUACGCCGUCGUCUGGUUUGUAUAAAUCAUUAGGAGCCGUGGUUGUUUACACGAGGACUUCUUUGUACAUAGCGCGCUUACGGUAACCGUACACACACACAUCUACAAACACGAACACACAUCCAUACACACGGACACACACGUUGUUUAUUCGAUUCUGAAUGUAUAAUUUCCUCGAGGAGCCGAUUCUCGAACGAGAAAGGAACGUGAUCAUCGCACACGUGUACAUUCGUUCACCGACGCAAAAAUACAGGUCGUACCAAACUUAAAAGUAGAUUGUCUUGUCCUUUCUUUAUCACUGGCACCUUCGUUUCCCCGUAUCGAUCGGUAAGACAGAUGGUCAGUGAUACAAGCACCGUUGUAGCCACGUAUUUUCGAUGAAAAUAUUCCUACGGAACGUGGGGGUUAAAUUCCUGAAUUCUGUACGGAAAAUCGUGACCAUACUCGGAAAGAGGAGGCUGCUGAAAUGUAUGUAUUUGGAUCGUCGUUUCCUGCGAGCCUCGUGUCGACGAAAGAAGCGACGAUGAUGGAUGACUCGAAAUAUCAGAGCAAUCGAACUGAAAUAUUAUUUUUAGCGCGGCCCUCGCGCGCCGUGCUGGAUCCAUAUUUUACCAGCGCGAUGCGCCACAUUUAUCACCCUAUUAAAAUUGAUUUGCGCGCACGAAUUGCGCGCCGUCAUCGGAAAUCAUGUCCUUUCACGCGCCGUGUCCUUUGCCGUUGCAGUUACGCAGAAUUUCGUUGAAUUAUUUACAGGUCCCGAGGAUGACUAGAACAGAAGAAUCCAGGUUUAACGUUAAAUUCGCGAGGUGCUCGGAGACAUUUGCUCGCAGAGUAGUGUGUCGGAGCGAUGGUAUCGGUAACGCUGUAAAGUUCUAGGUUCUAGCAUCGGUUUCGCGGGAAAUCAGAACACACGGAGGAGGGACGGAGAGUCACGAAUCGAGAGAGUCCCGUACGCGCGUCCGUAGACCGGACGAACGGCUGUGUCAGUGAAGUGACUGACAAUGAUGGAUGACUGCGCGUGAUGCGUGUGAGUCAAGCCCAUACGAUGCCGUGGCUCCGAGCUCAUAUGCGGCCUCCUGUCUGAACGAGCCGACACCGAACUGUUGCUAUCGCUGCAUCUGUGCAGA